AUGUCUGUUGUCGAGUACCUUCGACUAUUGGAUCAGUGUAGCAAGGAAAUCGUUUGGCAAUCUGAAAGUGAAUGGUUAAAACUUAUUUACGGCCGUUUUAUUCCUGAUGGCUCGGUAGACGAUAUCACAGACGUUAUUACGUUACUUAACAAACUGGAGGAGAAGAAUCUUUUAGGGAUUGAUCGUCUUAAAGUACUGAAAGAACUACUGAAGGGGAUAAGAAAGUGGGAUCUUCUUCGAAUAUUGGAGCGAUUCGAAAUGAAGAGAAAGGAGUACAGACAGUUACUGGAGCAGAUAAGUCAUGCACUCGAAGAGUCCAAUGAACUGCAACGACUCAUUUUAAUCUGUAGACGAAAAAAUCUGGUCGCUCAUCAAAGAGAAGAACACAUCAAAAAUGUCGAUGCAUUAUUCGCAGAGUUAGAACAACAGCACGAGUUGGGGAUAGAAGACCUCGGUAUCCUGAAAACCAUAGCAACCGAGAUGGAGAAACCAGAUUUGUGCAGACUAGUUGAGGAGUUUGAGAAGAAGAGAAAACAGGAAGAAGAUGCUGAGAGGGAGAGGAUAAAGUGGGAGGACAACAAGCGAAGAGCAGGAGGUAAGGAACAGCUUCCAAUUGAAUUACUUAGUCUCGAAAUAGUUUUUGAGCUCUUAGACCAAAUGUUGGUCCUUGAAAUCGAACACCGUCGAUCGAAUUUUAGGAUCUUGUUAGACUUCAGGUUAAGGUCUGUUCAACCGAUUGUCCUGAGAGUGUUGAGAGCUGUAAAAUAAAUAACAUGCUAGACUUUAUUGUAAAUACGAGUAAGAAGUCACUUUCACUUGCCCAGAUGGAAACCAAGUAAAGUCGCUAGUAAUGCCUAUGUUGCUAUUUGCGAGGCGAGUGUUUUCCUGCUCGAUAUUCCUGACAUUUUACAAAGGUUAUUUGCUUUGUUUUAAGUUCACAGAGUGUGUAGACGUGCGAACAUUUUUUAUUUAGUUAUUUUUUAUUUUAUCACAAUUAGCACUUUCUUGAGGAAAUCGAUAGGGUGCUGGUUAGACAUGUUUAGGCAAUAUGGCGGGAUAAGAAACUUUAUUUCGUUCCCAGGGCCUCCUCUUUGUUCUUUUAGAAAACGGCGAGACGCUGGCAAGAGAGGGUUGCUCCAGAUAGCAGGAAAUUUUGACACCUUCUGUGCCUAUAAAUACAAAAAUUUACUGGUCAACGCGGCAUGAGACUCCGACGAGUAAAAAAUGCUUGAAAUUUGAAAUUUGUCCUUCACUACGUUUCACUGAUACUGUACCACUUUAGAAUUAAAAUGUUCUGUUCAACAACUCAUACUCAUAGGACAUAUCAACAUUUAACAUUAACAUCCACCUUCCGAAAAACCGAAGGGGAUAAGGUAUGAAUUUCUGGCGUUUAAUGAACCUGCAUGGUUGAUUUACCAUACUUGAAUUGUUAUUUAUUAGAAUUUACAAGAAAAUUGCGAGGGUUUGCGUUGAAACUUCUGAAAAAUGUUACGAUUUAAAGCAAAAUCUCUAUUGAACAACACUUGGGAUAUAUUAAUUCUUUGAAUACCAGUUAUUUUCUCACAGAAUUGUCCCCUCGCCGCGAAGCCUCACUCGAUUUCAGAAAGAUCGCUUCGUUAUUUCUCAGCCGUAAUUCGCAUUACGUUUGGGAACGAAAUAUCGUUAACUCCAAAGCUAAUUUCGUUGCUUGGAAGGUGUUAAUUCUCAUCGUUUUUGGAAAAAGUAUUGUUUAGCGUAUGUACAUUUCGUUUUUAGCGCCAAAAGGUAUAUCUCAAUCGGGAUGGAACAGAAAAACAAUGUUGAAAGGGUUGAAACCUCGCGGUUAAACUCGACGGGAAUUUGCAGCAUGAAUUUGCAAGUGAAACUGCACACGUCAUGAUGUACAUAGUACAGCCGUGAGUACGUAAGGAUCUUUUUGCUUGGUUGCUAUGUAAGAAUUAGGUAAGACUUGUGCCCGUGGAAUAUUAUAAUUGUUUAUUCAGUGAUUGAUUUAUUUCUCAUUCCAGCUGGAGCCGCUCUUGUUCUUUCUGGAAUAGUUGGGAGAAGAUUAAUAGGAGGUAGGACAGUAUUAAUUAAUCUUGUUGAGAAGCAGAGCCUCAUCAUGUGGAACCUUAAACCCGAGACAAUAAAACCCGCUCACACAGAGCAAGACCUGUAGAAUACCUUACGUUUAUGAUCCAUCCACUUCUCUUUAUUCACGAGCCUCUUUGUCGUCUCUCUCAGUAACGUAUAACUUUCGAAAAUAGCAAUCCACUCUAAUCUAGUCUUUGCUAGGCUCUCAGUUACUGGAGAUAAGCAAAGAAGCGGGAAGGCGAAUUACGCGAGAAGUCUGUGAAGGAGUGCUCUCCUUAGCCAACUCUCCCAAAACUUUUGUUUCUUUGCCUAGCUCCGCUUUUUCGGUCGACUCCACAAGCGGCUGAUGUAAACCCUGUGAUUUCUACAUUUUUUACAGCUGUUACACCUCACUGUACUUUCCACAAUCUUGUUGGUGGCACCGUGGUCGUCACUACAUUGAUGGUCCUUCGCAAGAGUCGCAACAUGGAAGAAUUUACCAAUGCUUUCAAAGAAACUGUUCUUCCAUUGGGAAAUUUCUUGCGUGCAAUUGGUGAAGGAUCGAUCCGAUUUACGAUUCAAGCAGAAAAUAUUUUCGCUCUUGACGCACUAUGGCAAAGUUAUCAGGAUGAAACACUACAGACAAAUUUACAAGAGUUUCUUGUUACUGAGGAAAUAGAGCAGCUGACAGGUGGUGAAGUGAGAUUGACUGUGUACAUCGACGAAGAUGAAUACAGAAAUGCCAGGUUGGAUUUGAUGAUAUCAGGAAUAGAAGGUAAUUACACCAGAAAUAGUCCCGCCAUUGUGCAUGACUCCUUGUUCGAGAUGAAUUAGAAACGUCUCUUGUUGUAUCUUAUAACAGUACGAAUCACGGCAUCUAGAAGAUGUGAUUUGAAAAUUAAAGUUGUUGCAUUACGAUCUAUCUAAUAUUUUUCCUCCUAUACGAUUUAUUGAAACGCGUCACGAGACUGUAAAUGAACCAGCUCAUACAUAACCAUCCAGUUCUAUACUCUAGCUGAUGUUUCUUGAUUUAAUCUUACCUUUCGUGAGAUAACAGUAUUCGAUUGAAAUUGCAUUCAAUUUUAGCGCGAAUGAAGAGGCAAAUUUGCGUGUUGACAAAGGACAAAUAUACGGUUACAUCUUUAGCCAAGUGGGGUUGGGGGAAGUUACCAGGUGAGCUUUAAGGAUAACUGUGUUUUCAUUGAGUUUUUUCCGCCCUUCUCCAAAACAUCAUGCACUACGCGUUAUCAUUAUUGUGUACGGGUUGAUUAUAUCUACAUGAACUAGAAUUCCUUUGUUCUUUUGGAGGAGAAUCGAUUUUAAUACUUCUAAAUUAUUUGAUAGGCGCUCUUUGUUCGCAAACGUACUUCCUUAUCGCUAACAUAAAUUGUUUUAAGUCCAGAUAUUUGGGUUUGCAAAAAGAUCCAUGGUGCAGAAAUUAAAAUUGUACACUUCAUCUUUUUCAGCCUGAUCUGUCGCGUGGGUUUAAAGAAUACCUGUGAAUCGCAACAUCACUUUUUGUGUUUCUUUGGUCGACCGACAGAUUGAGCUGGGAAAGAGUAGUUGCUCAUAAUCGAUCAAAAUGUCCAACGGGUUGUUCUUUCUCUUCACGUAGCAACAGCCUCUCGAUUUAUUAUCCAAAUGACAACCGCAAUUCCUCCGCGAAAACAGCACUGUGAUAUAAAAAUCGUUGACUUCAAAUGAGUCGAUAUUUCUGUUUCUAAAACUCAUUCGAAAAGUAACUUUGAGUUGCGCUCAAAAAUGCAAUUUUCAGACAACUUUAGAGCAAAUGCGGCCAAAAUCGAACUUUUUCAAAAUAUAAAAAGCAACAGCCAAAAAAUCAAUUCGGCUCAUAUGCUCAAGUUAGGUUAGAGAGAAACAAACUUCCUUUGGUUGAAUAUCUCUUUGUUUUCGGGAAAAUCGAUAAUAACUGAGUUCCGCAAAAAUCCCGCCUAUGAAGCUUAAAAUUUCAGGCGAAUCUCGGAGCGUCGCGGGAAGAAGAGGUAUAAAUAUAAAUCUGUGGGACGUCGGCUAGUUAAAAUAUUUCAGUGAAAGUUGUGGUUUUGACCUUUAUACAACUUUUUUAUACACUUUGCUCUAAUGCACAUCUGCAGUAAUGGGCUAUGCCCUUUGCAGAUCUUUCGCUUUAUCCACCUUAAACAAUAAUUAAAAAAAUACCAUGAUUCAUUUAAUCUUGAGACGUUUAAUUAUGAUCGGGGUUUAGAUGAUUGUUUGCUCCUGUUUCGCAUAUUUAAAACUUGACCUAAGUUCCCGAAGCCACAUGUUUUACAGUCCAAUGUACUAUUUUUUGAAGAGUUGUCGAUUUCAGUAGACCUCAUUUUAUCCAACUUAAAAAUUUGAGUAAAUCGCGCUGAAUCAUUUCCCAAAAAAAUCCUUUUAAGGUCGAAAAGAACUACACUUUGCCUUCCAAAAGCCAGAUUUUCAGCUAAUUAUUUUGUGUGGCACAUAGGUACAUAACGGGUUACUUUUAACCUAUUUUUUAUGUAGUCAGGAGUUGGUUGGAUAAAUUCAAUUCCCUUGUGUAAAUAAAUCGUCAAGGAUUGCUCAAAUUGCCGACAAAAUAUAUUUUGAUGCUGUUUUUUAAGAUUUGGUACUUUUUAUCGGUCCAGAUAGUUUUUCAAUUUGUGACGCAACGCUCCGAGAUUCGCCUGAAAUUUUGAGCUUCAAAAGCGGCAUUUUGGUGUAAUUCAGUUAUCAUUAAUUUUCUCGAAAAUAAACGAUAUUCAGCCAAAGAAGUAUACUAAACUUUGAAAUAUGGGCGAAAUUAGUUUUUCAGCUGUUGCCACCAAAUGUUUGACCAUUGGUGACAUUCGUUCUAAAGUUUCACUUACCUUUUGGGUUAUUUGUCACUCGGAUAUAUAUGAUUUAUUUCCGAGAGCUUGAUGAUCAUCCAAGUGAGGAAGAAUGCUCAAUGUCUCAAUUCUCUUUUGCAAAUAAUGUGGAACCCACCGCUUCAUUCAACAUUGUAUUGCUUUUUUUGACUAUAAAUUUUAGAGAUGAAACUUGAAGAGGAAAGAGGAUUAAAAGAACGGGCAAGUUCUGAUUCAGACCUUCUGAAAGAACGAAACAUGACCACAGCCAAUACAAGAGAUCCUUUUCCAGAGAGGGAGUUUUUACCAUUUGACAGAAAACUGCGUGUAGAAGAAUAUUUGGAAAAUCUUCAGGAGACCUCCAGCGAAUUCACACUACCGAGUGAUAGCGGAGUUGGGACUUUGAGUAGUGCCACUUCUGAAUAUGGAUUUGACAAAGGUGAAAGUGAUUGUUAGUCUCCACUGAAUGAUAAUUCUUAAUAGAAUAGGUAUGAGUUGCCGAGAAAUAUAGCUUGAUUCUCGCUGAGUUCUUAUCAUUGAAUGUCUUUCCCUCUCAGCUAGGCGAGUCAAUUGUAAUGUGACCAUAUAUGUUGAUGUCAGAAACCUUACUUUCGUGUUAAUAGUCUUGUCGGUUACUUGGGAAAACGCCAGAAUCGUUACAGAACUGGCUUUUUUACUUUGAUGAUAGUCGGGUGUAAAGACUGUCUCGAGAAAAUGUAGCUCAGGUAUGAAAGUACAUCCUCCAACACUCACUCGAACACGAAGGACAAAAGACGCAUGUGGCGCAUGAGGAAUCGAGUCUCAGAUAUUUGAAUUCCGGGGCUCAGAUCCACCACUGAGACUCUGCGUUGAGUUUGGCCAUGAAGUGGUUGGAAACUUAGAUUUCUUAUAUUUCUUUAUCGAUUUCUUUGCCGAGUUCAAAACUUAUCAUCUUCUUAUUCUGUUCAUAAAUCCUCAGGAGACAGACUUGAAAAGCUCGACCAGGUUGAAGGGUUAAUCAAAGAUGUCAGUGAGAAUUGGGACAGCAUUCAGGAAGCAUACAGAGAUGCAUACAGAGAUGCAUACCCGUUCGAAGGUUAUAUGAUCAAUUGAUUAUUUUCAACGAAUUAAUCAUACUUUUAAUUAGUUGAUAAGAUGAUUGACUUUUAAAGCUGUUACUAUCACGGACAAUACAAAUUUUCAUUUGAAAAAAAUACACACGAACAGAGGGCUAUCUAGAUGAGGGUUUAAUACUGGUUUAAUAUUCUUGUGCAAUGGAAAUUUAGCGCCUCUUCUUUCUGUUGGAUUUCGCCUGGUGGUCAUGUGUGGCUGUGGGUUAAAGUUAGUUCAUAAAAACCGCGAGGCUUGUACAGGUUCUAAUCGAUAAUGGUAGUGAGUUCCAAAAGACAGGAGCAGUACGAGUGAGGCACGAUCCCAAGCGUAAAGAAGUUGACUCUUGGAACGAACAAAAGACGAAUAGAAGAGCAUAAUUUGCAGCUGAUGACAAUAGUUCUUUAAUAUAGGGUGGACUACGACUGUUUCACGAAUUGGAGACCAUUCUGUUUGAUAUGAAUUUGAGACUCAGAAAUAUUACAUCCUCAAUUUUUUCCAGGACGUAAAUAUCGUAGCAUAGGAAAAAUGUUGGAAAAUAUCAGAAUGACUCUAGGAACCUGGAGAAAGAUGGAAAAAGAGUGGAUAAUUGCAGGUCAGUCUCAUAAAAAUCAAAUGGUUGACUCUAGAACCGUCACCAUUAGUUAAUUUAGGGAUGGUACUUUAUUAUGACCGAGUGGCUAUGAGUUAUACUAUGUAGUCAUCGAUUCAUUGGGCAACUGACCGACCGAGAGCCAAAUAUUUACCCUUUCAGCUUGAUCAAACUUAAACAGUAAGCAUUUUAUCAUAUGACCACCAAGUGUUGAAAAUUUCAAAACUUUCGCUUCAACUUAAAAAGGACGUACUUGGGUUCAAAAGAAGGGCGAACUGGACGACUGAUAUCAAGAUUUCACUGUAAAUACUUUUUUCCGGCGAGUCAGAGCAAGAAACUCAUAAUUCACUGAGAAGCGCAACUCAUUUCCUCAUUUAUUUUACUUCAAGUUGAAGUUCACAAUUUUAAAUCGCGUUUUUGGAAAAUACAAAAUAGCCGUGUGAGUAGCGGGCCGGACGGUUUUUCCGGACCGGCUUUGAUUAUGGUUUUCUUUGGGAUUGCACGCAUGACGCCGUCAUGUGAUAAUUCUACGUGUUACGUAGCUGACAGCGCCCGUGGGCAAGAUGAAGCGAUUCCUGGCUGGCCGAUUGGACAUAACAGGUCAGGUCCAUUUUCACCCCCGCCCUUAAAAAAAAAUUGGGAUUUCGUUGACCCAUCAACAUUUAACCCCGUUUUUGUCCAAUUUGUCAAGAAAAAAAAAAAAACCGGGAUUCUCAUUGAAGUCGGCGAGAUCUUUUUUCUAUACAAUAAAUAAAUCAGCUUUCAUUUGGAUUAAUUUUAAUCAAUGUUUUUGACGUUUACCCAUCAACAGUGUAAACCUAUUAAAUCAGCUGAAAGGUCAAGUUAAAGGUCAAGAUGAGUGGAUAUAACUCGUUCAUUGGCUGUGGUCCAUAAAACGCACAAAAAACAAAAAAAAAGAAAGGAAAAUCGGCCAAUAUCCAGCCAUUUUUACCUUAAAGUGGUCAAUAACGCGUAUGGAAUAUGAAUGAGGAUGAGUUAGAAUAAACCUGCUAAAAAUCAUGGCAUUACUAAAGCUCUUGCAAAUUAGGACACUCUUUAUGAAUCAUAUUUUACAGUAGGUAUCGCUGUAUAUUUAUUUGCCUUUGGAUCUGAACAAACACAGGCAUGGCGCAGAAUGGCCGGACAUGUUUAAUAUUCAUACUUCAUUAGCAGUGCAUUAGCAUAACAGCAACGCGAUGGAGCGCACAUUUGAAAGCCGAUAAUCAACAUUUUAAAGGAAAUGGCGCCAGAAAAAAACGAACACCUUUAAUUUUCAUUCUAAAUGGGUCUCAGUUGGAAAAUUCAACACUUGUAGGCUGCAAAAUCAAGAUGGAAGUACACUUAUUUAAUCGAGACGCUCACGAGAAGGACACGACUUCUAAAAACUAUUGAAAAUUUGUGUUAAAAUGUGAAUGAUUUUGUAACCAUUCUACCGUAGAUAACAAUUCAAAACUGUUUAAUUUCUAUUUUAAAUUUCUAGUUUCUGAUCCAACUUUUUAUGAACUUGUAACUUGUAAGUUUCUUAAUAAAGGAAAUACAGAUACUAAGCUUAAAUAUCAAGAAUAGCGGAAAAGGAUUUACUUGGAAUUUGCGCUCGCUGUAUUUCGUAUCACAUAAUGAGCAGAAAAUGAGCCAUUUUGCUCAUUAAUAUACAUGUAUUCAGCUUCUCUAAGUUCCUGAAUCUUGUUUUAGCGCCGCCUUCGCCGCCUUCGCCGCUCCCUUGGGUGUUCACUAAUGGCUAAAAUGUACUUUUCAGUCUGCCGGAUUUCGUUGUGAUCUCUGACGAACAUUUACGAUUGCAGCCGACUGUCAGAGUUGUAAGCUAUCACCAGAGAGAGGAAAUAUGUUUGGGGCUUGGAGUAGUGAUUCAAUGUGCAGAUAGAUAUUUGACGUUGUAACCAGCUUUGCUCAUGUUCUGAGUAAUCUUUCAAAUCCUGCACAGUGGAAAGAGAAAGAUGAGUGCUGGAGAAUUUCACUCAUGAGACAGCUGCCAAAGCCUUUUGGAAUAACUAAAAUAAUGAUAAAUUUUUGAGCAUCGGUGAACGCGUUUAUCGUUGUUGGGUUUUGAACAUCGAUUUGAAUGAAACAUUUCAGUGCUCAUCAUUCGAAGAGAAAAUGAACGUAAAUCAGCGUGUUAGGCCGCUGAGAGCACGAACAGAACGGAAAAAAAUUUUGCUCGCGCCUUGUGGCAAAUAAUGUAAAAGAAUUCACAUCAACAUUUCACGCUUAAGGACUAAUUGAUAUUUUUGUGGCUGUGUAAAAAGUCAAGCGCCGCUACGAAAAUUUGAGGUGCGGCCAAAACUAUUUCAGCCACCAAAUUUGUCUAGCACAGGAUAAAAGGAAACAAUGAUAGAAUAAUAUUUUUAAAUGACAGUAUUUUUGUCAAAAAACGAAAAAAACAAAACAACAACUACAAUAUUUACCAGUCAACUUUGAAUAUGAAGGUUUUUUUAACUCCAUUUAGGCCAGUCAGUCUGAAUUAGCCAGCGGAUGAACAUGAUUACAACCAAAUUCUUAUUUCGUAUUUGGUAUGGCUCAGACUUGCACUUUUUCAGAACUUGAAAGCUUACUGUAUCGGCAUAGCAGAAUUAAGAAUUUGUUCAUGCUUAGCGUGCGUAUAUCGAGUCAUAGAUGCACGCGGGAAGUUUGGAGAGCACAAAAAAUACGUAAGAGUAACUCGAGGCGUAGCCGAGAGCAACCCUAGCUUUUUGAGUGCUCUCCAAACUUCCCAAGUGCAUUCAGAACUCGAUAUACGCACAGCUAAAAGCAUGAGCAAUUCUUUUAUAACAGAGCGACAAUGAACAAAAAAUGCUCACGUCAUCUUAUUUACGCACGGGCGUGCGUAAAUAAAGAUUUUGUUCAUAGCGGCUCAAAAGGACUUAUAUAGGGCGAGCACGCGCGCUAUGUUAUAACAGCCCCUUUUAAAUUUCAUUCAUCCCUCUUCUGGCAGUUGAUUCAUUUAAACUUGCAUUAGGCCUCUUAGAAUCAGUCGGCCUUUUAUUGGAAUAAAUCUACUGAUUUAAAACACCUAAAACAGCAAACCCUAAUUUGGGCAAUUCAUGAGCAACCAUCAUAUUUCUCUCAGAUAGUUUGUUUUCAGUAUCGUGGUUAAUUAUUCUGUAUUUUUUCUUUUUUGUUACAUUGUAGAACCUAUUUUGACAUCCUCAAGCAGGGCUACAGCUGUUAUACAACAAUUGAAAAACUCUCUACAGCUAGAUCAAGGCUUUUUCAAAAAUCCAACCAGAGAGGACAAAAGAGCUAUCCGUGUCUUGGCAAGAAAAGCCAAAAAUUUAAAACGAUUCGACGUGUUUAAUUACUUAAAAAUGAUCACACCACCAGGAACAACAGGUUAGUUUUUUAAUAUCAUUUCCUUAAAUCCUUCUCAAUACUUAUCAAUUGAUUUUUGAGCAAUCAUAACCAUGAUGCCUUGUGAACAAAAUAGUCAGAAGGCCUUUAACAUCAAACUCUUUUCAAUCCGUGAAAUUCAAGUAGGAAACAAUUUGCAUAAAAAAGGAACACUUUUAAGUUUGCAAGACAUCUUUGGAUAUUGCUUAUGUCAUGUUCAGUUGCAGAGUAAUGUCCUUGUUACUAUUUGAAUCUAAGUUUGAAUAUAAGUUAUCGAGUUACAACGUUAUAUUACGCAAUAUAGAUUCGUAAACUACAUGAAUAAAAUACAACGGAAGUACGGAAGGCAAACGUGGUAUUUUGAAGUAACCCAGGAUAAACCAAAACAGAAAAUACUUUCCGUUAAACUAAUUUCGCACUAACUUGCUUUUAAAAGUUUUGAAUUAAGAAUAGGGGAACCAUUCAUAGAAAGGAAAAUUCUUUUCCUGGCGUGGCCGUGACAGUUAUCAUCUAUUCCUCUGUUCCCUUGAAAACACGCAGCCUUCUGUUUCGAAGCAGUUGUAGAGCAUGAAAGACAAUCGAAAUGUUUACAAAAAAAUGACUGUGGGAAAACUGGGCUACAGAUCUUCUCGCUAACUAGCUAAGAAAAAAGUAUCAGUUGGGUUAAUGAUAAAUGGUGUAAUUAUUCCGUUUCGCUCAACGAAAGCUGAAAAGAGAAAUUUAGUCGCGAAAAGACAACGAAGUUCAAAGUUCUUAUCAACACAGCGAAAAAACGCGAGCGAGAGGCAACACACGUGAAUAAAUCUUAGUUGCGAAUCAUUUGACUCGUGUGGUCGAAUCUCUAUUACGAUUCUAUGUUUGUGUUUAAAGCCAUUGAGUCAAAGUCAGUAUUUAUUUUUAAGGCGAUUCUUCUUUUCUUUCAGGUCCUCUAUUACCUGAGAAUAUGCUCAUCAAGGAGAUGCCAAGAGAUGAAAUAGAAUGUCUUUCAAAAUUUUUGAAUGGUAAGUAACCUUUUGUGAAAUAGUCAUGAAAUAAGAGCCACUACAAGGAAAUACAUUUAUUCAACGGCCUGUGGUAUGUCCCAGGCUAUCGAUGUUCACGGUGAUUACAACUUUUUUCGAAUCCAGCCUGGAUUAAGGUGACCCAAUUUAAGACGUGGGUGCUUCCAUCUGCGACCUAAUGGUAACCGGCCGAGAGACACAUUCCCUUUGUAGUCACUUUUAUUGAACCAGUAAACUUGUGGAGUCACCCCGUAUCAUGUAAUGGACCCCUUUGCACAUUUUUUCAGUCUCAUACUUUGUAUUGCUUCUUUGUCUCUGUUCAUCAGGAAAACAAUGGUCGCAAGGCGUUUUAACAACACAUAAAAACUAUAUAUCACCAAAACAAUUAUUAAAUUUGGUCUUCUCGUUUAAAUAAGAAAUAUUGAAACAGCAGAAAAACUUCUGUUAUCUCUAAUGCGUCUGGAAUAGUGUCUCUACUUUUACAACUACUCUACCAAAGUAGGUUGAGUGCAUAUAACACAAUACUGCAGAUAUGUUAUUCUUUUUCAUUACAAUGGUCCAUGAGGAUAAUCCUACUAGCAAUUCGUAAAGUAGGUCACUCAUAUAACUUGAUGGUCUAGUGGGCGUUAAAUUAUAAACAAGUCAUAUUCCACGACGGACAAUUAAGAUGAAUGUUUGUUUUCUCUAUUCCAAAGUUUGGAGUAUAGCGAAGAAACUGGAUUUGAGACUAGAAAUGAUGAGAAGCCGAGAGGGCACUUUCUUAAUGGAUGCUCUCACCAACCGACACGACUUAAGAACAGUGGGUGAGCUGUAUGACUUUUUAUGUGAACGUGGGCUGCCUGAGUUUGCCGAUUUUAUCUUAAAAUAAAUCUUUAAAUAUCUCAACGCUACCAGCCCACGAGGAUCUCUCGAUCUCAUGUUUUCUUACUCUAUCCUAUGAGAUGAUGAAUCAGCUCACCCUUACCACAGGGAACAGAUAAUUUGCUCCUAAAGUCAGUCAUACUAAUUUGACAUAAUUAACUAUUCCUAUAAUUCCUCCGACUGAGUCAGUUAGGUAGAGUUGGUUAUUAUAAAUGGUUAGUAUCGGAAGGUAAUUUAAUAUUGCGCAUUAUUAAAGUUGGCAUUAAAUUUUCUCUACAUACACAGAUACAUCAACUUUAUUUAUACACGACGAAUGAUAAAAGCUAAACGCUUAUGGGGUCAUAUGUUUAGUUAUGUAAUAAAAUUAAUAAGAAUCUUAAUAAAUAGCUUAAGGCUCUUAACAAAUACUAAAACCUCAUGUUAAUACAGUUGUAAUAUCUUAAAAUCCUAAAAAAUAUCUAAAAUCCUGAUUGCUAAAAUCAACUGUAGAAGCUGAUUCUACUUUAAAAGUGAACUCUGUGAAAUCUUUAAUUUUACUUAAUUUAGAGCUGAUAGUUCUACGUGGCUCAGAAGCAAUAUCAGAGUUUUUCGAUGUGAUUGCAUUCCAGAGGACUGCCACUCUGUAACUAAUAGAUUGCUGUAAAUAACCCCUAGUAAUAGAUUAAGAAUAUAUGAAAGUAAAUUUGAACUGCAGAUGAAUAAAUCUAGGUAUAACAAUACUAUCUGUUCCCCUGUAAAUGCAUAACAAAUCCCGACACCCUCUUGUUAAUGAUACUAAUACAAAUAAUCUGUCCCUUAAAUAGAAAUUUUCCAGUACACUUAGAAAUAGAAAUUUUCCAGUACACUCUCGAGAAGAGAUCUUGAUUUUCUCAGCAAGUUAAGCUUGCUUGCGAAGCUCUUUUUCACUUCUGAUAAGUAUGGUGACCAUGUCAGUUUGUUGUCGACCGUCACUCCUAGUAAGCGCGAUUUUUCAACCCAUGUUUUCAAGGAGCCCGCCAUAGAAACAGGCGGAAUAAGUCCUAUAUAAUUAGUCAUGAGUAUAGCCUCGCAUUUUUUAGGGUGUGGUGUGAGCCUGUUUAUGAGACACUGACUGGGUCCCAGAUUCUACUCUCAUUAGUAACUUACGUUAGUUUUCUAACCGACGCUAGAAAUCAUUACCUAUAAUUAUUAUUUUAAAUAGUGCUUGUCUUUGAAAUGGUAGUAGCAGUAAAAUCUCACGUUUACAUGGUGUUUCCAUCGGGUUAGAACUUACAAUAUUUUUUUUUGGAGGAAUUAAUUAAACUAACUACGCUAGCUAGAAAAACCGAAAAAAAAACUGUAGUCAAAGUCAAACCUGCUUUUCAAGAAUACCGUGUAUAUUAAUGUUGUACUAAAAAAGUAGACGAUCUCAGUUUCAAACAUGAGUUUUCUCAAUUUCAUUUCAAACUCACUUAAGGAGUUGGAUUGUUUGAUUUGUUCGGGAAGCUUUUCCAUAGCACAGUCCUGCUAAAGCUUAAACUUCGUUUACAACAAUUAAACGAGUUUUAACUUUAACCCGUUCAUAUAUAAACGAGCUGUUGUAUUUUCAAACCAUAGAGGUGCGAGAGUUUGUUUUCCGACCAGCAAUUAUCAAGUGCGAGUUUAUGGACGUAUUUGACCAAAAGAGAGAAAGCAGAUAGGCUUUAUCAUUACACUAACAUUCCGGUGAAAGAUUUUUUGACUGGUCUGGUAGCUUCAAUUCUCGGCAAAAUUUUCAGGACAUCAACGACAAAACGGCUGAAAAAAUAAAUCCAAACCGAAUUCAUUCAUUAAGGUUGCAGUUGGUUUCAAUAUUGCUUGAGCGGUUGAGGAAAAGCUCAGAGAGUCGCAAUUGGAAUACACAUACAUAUAUGAAAUAUGUGUUUAAUCUAUUGUGAAAAAAAAUAUAUGUAUAUAUUUUUUUCCACAAUAGAUUAAACAUAUUCAUAAAGCCUUUUUCUCCAAACAAGUUCUGAUCAGAAUAGUAGAUGUUCGCAUGGCAGAUAAUACCUAAACUAUAUAUUUGCACUUUUUAUCAGUCGCCGAUGAAUAGUGUGUGAAGUUUUCGACGCGCAUGGAGGCUUUUAGGUCAGAAUUUGGCAGAAUUUGAAUACUUGAUUUGAAAUCUUGAAUCUUUGACUUUAAAUAAAUCUUGACAUUGGGAUUUGCAUCCUAUCUAUAUGAUAAUCCUUAUAUCAAUGACUGUG